AUGUCUCUCCUGCAGAAGCUUUCAUGCAGAUGCACAUCAUUCGACGUAAAUCGUCCGCUGGCAUCUUUCGGUGUUGGCGAUGAAACAGUUCAUCCAACGUCAGUGAAACGGCAAUUCACCCGACGAUACAGAGCAGAACAACGAUUGCUCCAUCCGGGCGAGAUGGUGUUGGCAAAGGAGUACAGGAAUAAUAAAGAAAAGUGCGUGCUUGGACGUAUUCCCCGAAAGUGUGGUGACGUCAUCUAUGAGAUUCGGGUCAGACCGGAUAUGCUGUUUCGCCAUACCUAUCGACUGAAACAUAAAGAAUGUAUUGACGUGCCAAACCCAAACCCAAACUUAUCACUUGAACAACUAAAAACACAAAACCAAAACAAGAAUCCACAGUUUCAAUAUCACGCCGAUUUCCUCAAGCCUCCAGGCGAUUGA